CUAUGGCCGUCGCGAUGCAGGCGGAGGAUUUUCCCUGCUUGCCUUCGGGGCCGGCGGAGAUAAAUAAGAUGAUAAAGGAGCACGGUGACCUGUUUUCUGACUCCCAGUGUAAAGUCUGCAGCGCUGUCCUAAAUUCUGAAUCUCAGAAGUUGACUCAUUAUCAGAGUAAGAAACAUGCCAACAAGGUGCGACGGUACCUUUCCAUCCAGAGCGACAAGGAGCCGGCGUUCAAGAAGUUAAAGACGCUCAGUCCUGAUGGCGCCUGCAACAACGGCAACACGGACCGGUCCAAGGUCUGCCACCUGUGCAGCAUGACCUUCUCCUCCCCGGUGAUCGCCGAGUCCCACUAUCAGAGCAAAGGUCACGCCAAGAACCUGCGGCUGAAGACGGUGGGGCCGCCGACCCCAGCGGCCCCCUCGCACACACCAGCAGCUCCCCCGCCGAAGAAGAAACCGGCGGAGGAGCCGAGCGUCGUGCAGGCGACGGGCGGCGGCGGCGGCGGCGACAGCAACCCGGACCGCUUCUGCUCCAUCUGCCAGGCCUCCUUCAACAACCCGCUCAUGGCCCAGCAGCACUACGUGGGCAAGAAGCACAGGAAGCAGAUGACCAAGCUGAAGCUGAUGGAGACGUACGGCCCGUCCACCACGCCAGCUUCCACCGUCAACGGCUAUCCGUGCGCCGUCUGCAACAUCGAGCUCAACUCCGUGGCGCAGUACCAGUCUCAUAUCAGCGGCGCCAAGCAUAAGAACCAGGUGAAGAAGUCCGGCCUCGGCGCCGCGGAGAAGCAGCAUCCGGCAGAGCAGCCGGACGCCGCCGCCGCCACCGCCGCCGCCGAGCCGUUCGCCCCCACGGAGGAGCCGUACGACGGCGGCGAGGAGGAGCCGUACGCCGCCGAGGACGCCCAGUACUCAGAGGAGUACCAGUACACCUGAGGCCGGGCCGCGGCGGGACUCAGACAGCAGCCAGCCCCCCUUUAAGUCCUGGAUCCAGCUGGGAGAUCCGGGAAGCUCCCGGAGAGGCUUUUCUCCUCAAACUGUGACCGAGAGCCUGGAAACGCCUCCUCGCGCCCCCCCCCGUCAUCUCCCACGUCCGAGUGUCACAAAUACGCAAACAAAACAAAAAAAAAACAACCCUGAAGAGAUCUGUAGUUGAUCCUGUCUGAUCCCAGGUGGACAGAAACCCAAAGCCGAUGUUUUUGUUUGUUGGAGCAGAAUCGGGACGUUUCGCUCCGCCGUGUCGUUUCAGAGCCAAAUGUACGCAGCAAACGGGAAAGAGACACUAUUUUCUACUUCUGGUCCUUCUGCAGCUCAACUGAAUGUAGUAGCCCCCUCAUUUCUCUGCCUCCUGCAGUGUUUCUUUUUUUUCUUUCCCUCAUUCCAGAAGUCAGAUCCGUUCUCGGUGAAUUUUAUGGUACAGUUUUACUUGUAUCGUCGUUUUAAUGCGUGCGAUCAUGUUUUUUUUUUUUUCUCUCCUUUAACAGAUUCCCGAUCUCUCCGUAUUGUUUCCCCCCCUGAAAGUUUUAUCUAUUUAAAUGCUAUUUUUAUUAGUGAUAUUUAAAAAAAAAAAAGAAAAAAAAGCAACCUCAUGGUGCA